AUGGGCUCUACUGAGCCACGUCCCCGUGUCGAAGCAGGCCGCGAACCCGACCUCCUAACAUACAUCUGGGCUCUCCCCAACUUCCAUGAACUCGCAAAUAACCCCUCAAAGGUCCUCGAUGCAAUCGACAAGUUCAACACCGAGGAGAAACGUCUGAUCAAUAUCGGCCCCAGAAAGGGCGUCACGAUCGACAAGAUAAUCCAAGAAAGGAAACCAUCCACCAUGGUCGAGAUGGGUGGGUACGUCGGUUACUCUGCCAUCAGAUUCGGCGAAGCUCUUCGCCAAGCAGGAGGCAAGAAAUACUAUUCGCUGGAAAUCAACCCUAUCAAUGCAUCUGUCGCAAAGAUGCUUAUCGAGCUUGCUGGGUUGCAGGAUAUUAUUACUGUUAUUGUUGCGCCCAGUCACGAAGCACUUGCGCAGCUUGUGCAGAAUGGUUCAAUUGAGCAGAUUGAGAUAUUGUUCUUGGAUCAUUGGAAAGACCGAUACCUGUAUGAUCUGUGGUUUGUUGAGAGACUGGGUCUGCUGAAUAAAGAGUCCGUGAUUGUUGCGGAUAAUAUAUCGCCUGAAGCUGGACGGGGCAUUGCUUAUGUUGAUUGGCUCAAGGCUACGAAGGCUGAGAAGGAGGAGACUCUCAAGGCACAUGAGUUCUCGGAUGACUUCAAGAACCUGGAUCUGGCUAAGGUUAUCAAGGAGAAGGGGAUUAAUGACGUGGGCGUUGAUUUGGCAAAUGUGGAGGGUGUUCCGAGUCAUGUCUAUGAGACGGAAAUUCAUCCCUUUCAGGGCCAUAGUGGGCGGAUGGAUGGUGUUGCCAUUUCUAAGGUGCUUAGCAUUUAG